AUGUUUAACGUCAGUGCUACUGUAAAUGUAUCUCGUUUGAUGUAUAAUCCCAGACUUUGUUUACCCCAUCUUACAGUCAAAUCUUUUGAUAAAUUAACAAUUCCAUUCGAAAUUCCUGGGCAUGAUGGUGUGCAGAUUAAAGGUGUUGUUAUAGACAAAGACAAUUGUUUUGCAAAAGACCACGAUGAUAAGGUCUGGCCGGCAUAUUCCGUAUGUUACAACUUUUUUUUCAAUCGUAAUUAGUGCUGAAUUCUAACUAAAUAUAGGAAACGUGGAAACGGCUAACAGAAGCGUAUCCUGCAGAGCAUUUGCUUAUUGUGAGUAACUCUGCGGGCACUAAUGAUGAUAUCAAUUACACGCAAGCUUCCAAAUUAGAAAGGGAUACUGGAGUUACAGUGUUGAGACAUCCUACGAAAAAACCUGGGUGUCAUGAAGAAAUACGAGACUACUUUAAGAAGCUAGGCAUAACUGAAGCUAGUGAAAUUGUAGUCAUCGGAGACAGGUUAUUUACUGAUAUGCUCAUGGCCAAUAUGAUGGGCUCUUGGGGGAUUUGGCUCAGUGAAGGUGUUGAAUUGUCACAGAAGAUUUUUCCAAAAUUCGAGAGAAAUUUAUAUAAUAGGUUAGUUACGCUGAAAAAACAACCAAAUCAGCCACCCACUCCAUCUCUGAAACAAUAA